CUCCACCGCAUCCCCCUUCCUCCUCCAGUUGCCCCCGUUUGGCCUCUCUCGCCCACUCCUUCUUCUUCACGGAAUCUUGCUCUCCUCCCCUGCGCUUCCGUUUCUCUCCGUUCCCCCCUUCCCUCCUCCCGAAUCGGAGCCGCCAUGUGCGUGAAGGAUGAGAUCGGAGGGGAGGAGGCCGAAGAGAUCCAAAAGUUGGGAUCCCCCUCGAGCUUCGCCAGUUCGCCUAUGGAGAGGAUUUGUGAGAAUACAGUCUCCAUUGACGAUCUCAAUCCGGUUAUGAACUUUGUCCCGAUCGUUCGUUCUGGGGAAUGGUUUAAUAUUGGAGCUCGAGAGCACAUGGAAGAUACUCAUGUAUGCAUCAGUGAUCUAGCGAAAAAGUUUAGGCGUCGCUCUCUUGAUGCGGAGGCGGUUUCAUUCUACGGGGUGUUUGAUGGGCAUGGUGGGAAAGAUGCUGCACAUUUCGUAUGCGAUAACCUACCGAGGAUCAUCGCUGAAGAUUCUGACUUCCCACUCAAACUUGAAAAAGUUAUUGUCCGAUCAUUUCUGCAAACCGAUUUGCAGUUCGCAAAGACAUGCUCUCCUCAGGCAUCUCUUCCUCCUUCAGGCACUACGGCUCUAGUCGCAAUGAUUUUCGGAAGCAGAUCGCUAUUGGUCGCGAAUGCAGGUGAUUGUCGUGCAGUCCUUUCGCGACUUGGUGUGGCUAUCGAAAUGUCCAAGGACCACAGACCCUGCUGUGCAAGGGAGAGGCACCGUGUUGAAUCCCUCGGUGGUUUCAUUGAUGAUGGCUACUUAAAUGGACAACUAGGCGUCACUCGAGCACUAGGAGAUUGGCAUCUUGAAGGUAUGAAAGUGCCCGGGCAACCGGGAGGGCCACUCAUUGCCGAACCAGAGUUGAACCACAUUACGCUAUCAAAAGAGGACGAGUUCUUGAUCAUCGGUAGUGAUGGCCUAUGGGACGUCUUCUCGAGCCAAAAUGCAGUGGAUUUUGCAAGGCGACGAUUGCAACAGCACAACGAUGUCAAGGCAUGCUGCAAGGAUAUCAUUGAGGAAGCAUUAAAGCGAGGCGCGGACGACAAUCUCACAGUCGUUAUGUUGUGCUUCCAUGCCGAUCCUCCCAUGCGUAUCGCACAUCGGGGUAGGUUACAAAAGACCAUAUCCGCUGAGGGACUUAACAGCCUCAAGAGCUUGUUAGAAGAGAAGCCAUCUACUAAAGAUAACUAGAGUUACAUUGCUUCGUAACAACCUAUUUAUACGGCAAAGUGUAUCGUAUCUCCGGGACCAGAGAAAUAAAAAGCCUGAUGGGUCGAUAGGCCAGUCUCAUUCUUGUAACAACAUUGUAAACAUUGACAUUCACACAUAAAGAAAACAAAUGUUGUAUGAAA